AAACUGAGUGUGUGUGCACGUAAACAUUAAUUAUAUUUUUGUGAAAAACUUAAAAUAAACCAAAGGAAAUAUUAUAAAUUUUAUAUAAUUGUUUGAAGAAAUUGUUAAACUUAAGGAAAAUUACAAGUUUUUUAACUUUGUGUUUGUGGCCAACAAUAAACUGUAAAUAACAAAGAGGAAUUCGAGAAUACAAGCUACAGAAUGGUAGGCGGUGGUGGUAACAAAAUAGUGGCCACCCUAAGAGCUGACGGCAAAGUGUUUCCCACCAAGGAUGGUACAACAACAAUAGCCCAAUUGGCCAAUUUAAUGAACUACAAAAUACGCACUGAGGGUGAAAUAAUAAACAACAAGUCAUUGAGUACCUUGAGUGUACCCACCACAGUUGUAGAUUUGGGCAAACAAUUAUUGCAAUAUGCCCGAGAUUCUGAUCUGAAAGGUGUCAAAAAUUCCUUGACCCGUGGAGCACCUUUUACUUCGGAUUGGUUGGGUAUGUCGGCUUUGCAUUUUGCUGCCAUGAACAAUCAAUUUGAAAUAUGCCAAGUUUUACUAAAUGGCGGCAUUAAUAAAGACUCCAAAACUAAAGUCGAUCGUACUCCUUUGCAUUUGGCCUGCUAUUAUGGCAAUGAAAAAAUUGUGGAAUUGUUGUUGUCGAAAAAUUGUGCUGUAAAUCCUAGAGAUAUGCUACGCAUGACUCCUUUGCAUUGGGCGGUUGAGAAACGUCACAAGUCCAUAGUACGCCUUUUGUUAAAGCAUAAUGCCGAUGUAACAUUGGUCACGAAGUUUGGACGUACAGCUUUGGCGUUGGCAGUGCUAACGGAACAGGCCGAUUUGUUGGAAGAAUUGGAAACGGCUCGCCAGUCUCAAGCAAGUCGAAAAUAUAAUGAAGAACAUGAGCAGAAGAAAAAAUUCAAAAGUUGUAAAGAAACUUCUGAAGCUGUUAAUUCCAUUAUGGGUAUAGCCUCGGAUGUAAUAGAUGAACCAGAGUCUAUACGUAAAAUAGAUCAUGAUGAUGAUUUUGCAAGUCAAAGUGAAUAUGCGGCAGCUAAAAUACAAGAUUUAGAAAAUAUUAAAGAAACCGUCAUUUUAGGCGAUUCAACUAUUAAUCUAUUAAAAUCUCAUGGCAUUUCUAUGAUGCCCGAGGAUGAUACCUCCAAGGAUAUGUUAAAUACUGCUCUACAAAAUGGUCGCCAAUUGAUUUUAUCCGAAGGUGGAAAGUUACUAUUAAAUGAAACCAAGAAAAUACACAACACCAGCAGUAACAUUAAUAAUAAUAACAACAACAACAACUCUAAUAACAAUAAUUUGAAUAGCUCGAAAACUGUGGUGCCUGUUAGAGUUCGCAAUGAUAGUUCGACUUAUGGUAAUGCUUCCUCCACACACAAUGCAACUGCGGUUAGUAAAUUAAAACCGAAUAUCAUAUCAAAAGCUAAGGAUAACUCUAAUAUAGCCAAGAAUAAGAAUAUACGAAUUAUUUCUUUGAAUGAUUUUAAGAAACUUUAUGGCAAUACAAAUAUAAAAGCUAUGCAAAAGUUGCCACAAACUUUAUCGAGCCAGCGUUUGGUUAAUGUUAGACAACAUGGUCAAAAUAAAAUUCCUCAGAUUAAAUUCGAAACAAAGAAUGAUAAAAUCACCACAAGUAAUGAUGAAGCAGAUGAUGAUGACAACAUUGCACACAUUAUACAAAUUGAAACAAAAGAUAACGAUGCUGGUACCUCAGAAACUAGGUUUCAAAUACAACAUGUGGUACAGCAGCCACCACCGCAACCGCAACAACAGCAGCAGCAACAGCAACAAACUCUCAUAAAACAACAACCCAGUGUGGCAAAACAACCGGUACGUAUUGUGCCAGCUAAACGUGUUGAACACAUGGGUACCGUGCAGGUUCGUCAAAUGCCAACACCUAACAUUAAGGCAAACACCAGUGCUAUCAGCAGCGAUUCAAUUACAAACAAUCAAGAAGUAAAAACCUAUACGAAAGCUGGUGCAGCAGCAGCAACAGCUACUUCUUCGUCUGUAAUACCAUUAUUGACUACCCCGGAAAUAUGCCGGCAAUUGUUGGAGUUGCGUAAAAACAAUGAAGAGUUACGACGUAAAUUCGAUUUGGUGCAAAAGGAAAAGGAAGACUUGCGACUACGUUUAGAAAGAUUGGAAGAACUGCUGUUGGUAGAGCGCACCGAUGACGAUUCCUAGUUUUAACACAACGAAAUCUAGAGUCUUUUAAAGAAUUAUAUGAUUUGAUUGCUGCCUUUUUUUAUGAAAAAAUAAAAAUAAACAUGAAAAAAUUUAAUUAAAUAUCAUCAUUUUUAAACAUACAUCCAUUUGUGAAUUUCGUUUAAGUUUUAAGUUUAAUUAAUUUGUUGUUUAAUAAACUACAUAUAUGAAUUCAGCUUUUCUUUCCUUAUCUGUACAUACUAAGUAAAAGAUGACACAUUUUUUUUUUUUUUUGAAAAUCAUUUUAUUUAAUUAUUUUUUUCCCCUCAUUUUAACACUUUCAUUACUUAAUUGUUCACUUCAUUUUAAUGUAUAAUGUUAUGCAUUACACAAAUAAAGUUUUUCUUUAAAUAUUACUAUUAACAAAAUUGUUUAUGAUUGAAGUUUCACAUAUAUAUUUAAUACAAACAUAUUUAAUAAAUUACUAAACUAUUUUUCUAUUAAACGAAAUGCAAUAUUCUGUCUGGCAUUUGUUAAAAUUUACAAUUAUAAAAUGUUUGAGUGUUAAGAAAACGGUAAAAAACGAAACAAAACAAAACAAAAAUCUGUUACUAACUAUAUAAAUUUGUAAUAAUGAUUCUUAUAUUUAAUGUAAGUGAUUUUUUUUAUAUAAGUAAAUUGUAAGAAUAAUAAUAAAAAUAAAACUUAUGUGAA